AACCAUUAUUUCACUUAGUCCUAGGAAUUAAAUUUGAGAUGUACCACACCUAAGUAGCCUUAAAGAUACACCACAUGGAUCCUUAUAUAUGACAUUUUCCUCAAUUCAUAUUCAUCUUAUUAAAGACACAUAACUUUUCCUUUAGUGUCAUCACUCACAACACAAUUCCUAACCCAAAAAAACAAAACUUGUCCUUCUUAACAACAUGUUUGAUUCUACUUCCUCUUACAUUGAUUUUCAAUCCUCACAAACCAAGAACAACACUCACAUGUUCACAUACUUACCACCAUUCAAAAAACCAAGAGUGGAAACUUCAAACAAGUACUUAGGAGGGUGUGAAUAUCAAAAAACAGAAAAAGUGAACUUCUCAAACUUUUCUAUACCUAAAGUGUUUCUCAAAUCAACUCAUCAAGGGAAAGAAUCAAAAGCCAUUGCUUCUACAAAAUUCCAACAACAAAAGCCUUUAACACAAUUGCUACCAACCAUUGAUGAACAUUCUGAAGUUUCUGAUAGCCAUAGUACUGCUUUUGGAAUUAGAGAGAAGAGAAAAGCUAGUGAUAUUGAAGGAUAUGAUGAACCAUCAUCUUCUUCUGCAUGUUCACUUGAAGCCUCAAAUGAUUCAAACUUUGGUUUCGGAAAUCAUGAGGACAAUUAUGACUCACCAUAUUUUAGUGAUGAUGAAGAAGAAACCUCAGAAAAUAUGUUGAAAGAGAAGCCAGCUCGUGAAGGAAAAAGAGUCAAGAGAAGCUACAAGAAUGCAAAAAGCCAUAAUUUAACUCAAAGGAAGAGAAGAGACAAAAUCAACGAGAAAAUUCAUACAUUGAAAAAGCUCAUACCAAAUUGCAAUAAGAUGGACAAGGCUUCAAUGCUUGAUGAUGCCAUUGAUUAUCUUAAAACCCUAAAGCUUCAGUUACAGAUUAUGACAAUGGGUAGAGGAAUUUGUAUGCCCAUUAAUCAUCUUAUGAUGUUACCAGCACAUCAUAUGAGUAUGAGUAUGAAUAUGAAUGCACAACAUUUAAUGGGGUUUAGGCCAGAAGUCCAGUUUCCUAUUCCACAAAUGAGUAAUGGUGUCACUGACCACAAUAAUAACAACAUCAGAGUUCAGAUGUUUGGUUUUUCCAACCAAUUACUACCACCACCGAUGUCAAUUCAUAAUGCACCUUUCACACUUCCUAUCAUCGGAAACUCUUCCACUGCAGCAAAUUCUUAUUGUGACCAGAAUCAACCUAGCAAGACAUGUGGCUAAUUCUGCACAGGCUCAAAAAUGCAUGGAACAAAGCAAUCAAGUUUUGGCAGCACAAGCUAUUGUUAGUUGAUACAAGGACGGGUCAAGAAUCGGUCGCCUUUAAUCAAACUAUCGCUCUCAUACCACAUCAGGAGAUCAUUACAUUGGUACAUUUGGUCUAGUAGCACCUGGUAUAAAACUUUUUACUCAGUUGACACUAGAUGACAAUAGACUGAUUAGGUUUGUUAAAGGCAAGUGUAAAGUUGGUUAACACCUUACAGAAAUGUAUCUGUUUAUGUAAUAACAGCUGUGGGUUUUGAAAAUUCUAAGUUCGAUUCUUGAAAUUGUGAAGAGAGAUAAGACAUACUAUGUUUUGUGCCAA